CGCCAGCUUACUUAACCCUGCUCUGUCAUGGCGAGGUACUCAGUGUGGCACAUUAUCCUUUUUAUGCUGUCUGUGGCGAGCUGUUCUAUCAUCCAUGGACCCCAGCGCCUAGUGGACCCUCUUGCUCCCCCAGCUCCCGAGUAUGCUCAUUCCAUCAGACUCGAUGGCGAUAUCAUUCUCGGAGGCCUCUUUCCGGUGCACGCGCGAGGGGAGCGCGGUGCCCCCUGCGGCGAGCUGAAAAAAGAAAAAGGUAUUCAUCGCUUGGAGGCCAUGCUGUUUGCUAUUGACCUCAUCAACAAGGACCCGGAGCUGCUGCCCAACAUCACUCUGGGCGCUCGUAUCUUAGAUACAUGUUCAAGGGACACGUAUGCCUUGGAGCAAUCACUCACCUUUGUGCAGGCGCUCAUCGAGCGUGACCCCUCAGAUGUACGCUGUGCCAGCGGAGAGCAACCGAUCUUUGCCAAGCCUGACAAGAUUGUGGGGGUGAUUGGUGCAUCUGCUAGUUCAGUCUCCAUCAUGGUGGCCAACAUCCUGCGGCUCUUUAAGAUCCCUCAGAUCAGCUAUGCAUCAACUGCACCAGAGCUGAGCGAUAACACCCGCUAUGACUUCUUUUCUCGUGUGGUGCCACCUGACUCUUACCAGGCUCAGGCCAUGGUGGACAUCGUCAUGGCUAUGGGGUGGAACUAUGUGUCCACUCUUGCUUCUGAAGGCAACUAUGGUGAAAGUGGUGUUGAGGCCUUUGUCCAGAUCUCCCGGGAAACAGGUGGUGUUUGUAUUGCACAGUCCCUCAAGAUCCCCAGAGAGCCUCGACCUGGAGAGUUCGACAAGAUCAUCCUCCGUCUGCUGGAGACUCCUAAUGCUCGUGCCAUCAUCAUGUUUGCAAAUGAGGAUGACAUCAGACGUGUCCUAAAUGCUGCUAAACGAAACAACCACACAAAUCACUUCAUGUGGGUGGGCUCGGACAGCUGGGGCUCGAAGAUCGCCCCUGUGCACCAGCAGGAGAAAGUGGCCGAGGGAGCCAUCACCAUCCUGCCUAAACGAGCUUCAGUGGACGCCUUUGACAGAUACUUCAAAAGCCGUUCCUUGUCCAACAAUCGAAGGAAUGUUUGGUUUGCUGAGUUCUGGGAGGAGAAUUUUGGAUGCAAGUUGGGGAUGCAUGGCAAGCGUCCCGGGAGCCCAAAGAAAUGCACAGGUUUGGAGAAGGUGGGUAGAGACUCAAGCUUUGAGCAAGAAGGAAAAGUGCAGUUUGUGAUGGAUGCUGUCUAUGCCAUGGCUUAUGCUCUUCACCGCAUGCACCGAGACCUGUGCUCAGGAAUUCCAGGACUGUGCCCACGCAUGAGCAGCAUCGAUGGCAAGGAACUGCUUGGGUACAUCCGCAAUGUGAGCUUUAAUGGAAGCGCGAAAACCCCUGUAAUGUUUAAUGAGAAUGGAGAUGCUCCUGGACGGUACGACAUCUUCCAGUAUCAAAUAAGUAAUCAUUCAUCUGCUGAGUACAAAGUCAUCGGCCACUGGACAGAUCAACUUCAUUUAAAUAUGGAUAUCAUGCAGUGGGCAAGUGGUGACUCAUCCAUGCCAACCUCUGUGUGCAGUCUGCCCUGUAGGGCAGGUGAGCGGAAAAAGGUGGUGAAAGGCGUGCCAUGUUGCUGGCACUGCGAGCGCUGUGAGGGCUAUCACUACCAGGCAAGCGAGUUUACGUGCCAGCUGUGUCCAUACGAGCAACGACCUGACAACAAUCGUACUGGCUGCCAGCCCAUCCCAAUCAUCAAGCUGGAGUGGCACUCUGCCUGGGCUGUUGUGCCAGUUUUCGUUGCCAUUUUGGGCAUCCUCACCACGACAUUUGUAAUCGUUACUUUCAUACGCUACAAUGACACACCGAUCGUGCGUGCCUCUGGUAGAGAGAUGAGCUACGUGCUGCUUACCGGAAUAUUCCUCUGCUACAUCACCACAUUUCCCAUGAUUGCAGCACCUGGAGUAGCCGUGUGCUCUUUUCGCAGGCUCUUCCUCGGCCUGGGCAUGUGCUUCAGCUAUGCCGCACUGCUCACCAAGACCAAUCGCAUCCACCGUAUCUUCGAGCAGGGCAAGCGGUCGGUGGCGGCACCACGUUUUAUCAGCCCUGCGUCCCAGCUGGUCAUUACCUUUAGCUUGAUCUCAGUGCAGCUCAUGGGUGUGCUCGUUUGGUUCAUCGCUGACCCCCCACACACCUUUGUGGAUUAUGGUGAGCAACGCACACAGGACCCAGAAAACGCCCGUGGUGUGCUCAAAUGUGACAUAUCGGAUCUUUCGCUUAUCUGCUCGUUGGGCUAUAGCAUUCUGCUGAUGGUCACAUGCACUGUUUACGCAAUCAAAACCAGAGGAGUACCAGAGACCUUUAAUGAGGCCAAGCCUAUUGGAUUUACUAUGUACACCACCUGCAUCAUCUGGCUCGCCUUCAUACCGAUCUUCUUUGGGACAGCACAGUCUGCAGAACGGAUGUACAUCCAGACGACAACCCUGACCAUGUCUCUGAGCCUGAGUGCAUCUGUGUCUCUGGGAAUGCUCUACAUGCCCAAAGUCUACAUAAUCAUCUUCCACCCGGAGCAGAACGUGCCCAAACGCAAACGCAGCUUCAAGGCUAUAGUCACUGCUGCUACUAUGUCCAGUAAGCUUAGCCAACUGGCCAGUGAGAGACCAAAUGGAGAGGUGAAAACUGAGCUCUGUGAGAGUGUGGACAGCAACAUACUACCCCCGAAAACGACGUACGUCAGCUACACCAACCAUGCCAUCUGAAGAUCCAGAGAAUUCUAGGAUUGCUUAUGAUAUGGCAUGGAUUAAUGGCACUUACUGGACCUAAAGCAUGAGACUUUGUUGUUCUUGGAGAGAAAACUGAUUGGACUGAGACAAAGAUUGCCUGUUUCUUUCUCAGUUAAACUAGUGGCUGUACAACAAAAUGAAUAGGACAGCACUCACUGCUGGCAUAUCAACACAUGAAUAUGAGAUGUGAGUGAAAGCAAGAAAAUAUAUAUUUAAAAAAAGAAUACAAAGAAAACUAUGGAAAUGUUGGAGUCAACCAUGUUAAUUGUUAUCCUAAUUGUAAGUAUUUUGUGGUUGUGCAGAUUUUUUUUAUUCUUGUCCCAAAGUGUAAGAUCUGCAUUGGAAAAUGCCUCUGUCUCUUGUAUCGGCUACUCUGGUCAAAUUAGCGCUGGUUUGUUAAGUAUGUAUAUGCCAUGGUUGAAGCAUGCCAGUUUUUUAUACAAAUAAUUUAUUUAUAAUAAAGGAAUGGUUUGGAAA